GUUGUUUGCCAGCCAUGAAGUAUUUUACACUGUCUUCUCUGUUGUGCUGCCUUAUUGCCGGAGCCCUGAGUGCCCCCCAGUAUCCUGGAUCCGGAUUUGGGUAUGGAUUUUCACCCUAUGGAGGAUACGGAGGCUAUGGAGGUAGCUACGCCUCAGCUAGUGCGGCGGCGAGCAGUAGUUCCGGCGGAUACCAAGGAUUCGGAUACCCUGGAUACGGUGGCUAUGGAGGAUUCGGCGGGGGAUAUGGCGGAGGCUAUAGACAGCAGUACAAUCAGUUCAGCAACUACAACAACUACGGAUCUUCUGGCUAUGGAGGCUAUGGCAACCCAUUCGGCAGAUGAGUUGGAAAAACCGACUCGUACCUGCUGGAAAUUUCUGCCCCUGUUUUGUUUGAUUUCUUUAUUUGGCUUUUAAUGUGAUGGAGGUCAAUAAAACGUAAAUACCCAAAAUGA